GUUGAACAGAGUGCAUCCUCAACAUGCUAAAAGUUGCGUCCUGUGCGAGUGGCCGAUGGGCAGUUUUUACGGGACAUCCCGUCUAUCGGCCCCAAUUUUCGGCUAAAAUCCACCUGGCGAGCGAUCAUAAUUUCACCUGAACUCGAUCAAGAACCGCACAGCAUUUUGGGAGAUGUAGGCAGAGGAGAGUCUGUAAUCCUCUACCUCUCAGGGACAGCUGGACAAGGUGCCAACAACUCCCUGACUUUUUGGUGCAUCAUGUCAGAAAUCAGACUUCAGAUUCUCUCGCACAGAUAUACCAGAGAUGCCUUCUUGCAAUUUCACUCCAGAGGAAUAUAAGGGAAUGUCAAAAGCAAGAAUGAUAGAGAUCCGCAAACAGAACUGCAACCCCAUGACCAUGAAAGUUACAUACUACAAGAAACCAGUGUUCAUCCAUCAGGGGUACAUGCAGUAUCUGUGGGAUGUGGAUGGGACCAGAUAUCUGGAUCUGUUUGCUGGUGUGGCCACUGUCAGUGUGGGCCACUGCCACCCGAAAGUAACUGCUGCUGCUGAAAAACAGCUGAAAAAACUUUGGCAUACUACUUUCAUUUAUGUCUACCCUACUCUCCAAGAGUACUGCGAGAAACUUGCCUCCCAUUUGCCCGAUCCUCUUAAGGUGGUUUUUCUGACAAACAGCGGCUCUGAAGCAAACGACCUUGCGAUGUUUAUAGCUCGUCUCUACACUGGAAAUUUUGACAUAAUCACUUUCAGAGGAUCAUAUCAUGGUGGCAGCCCGAUGGCCAUGGGUCUGACUUCCAAUGCAGCAUACAAAUACCCUGUUGCCAACGGUUUAGGUUGUACAAAUACGAUGUGUCCGGAUGUGUUCAGAGGUCCUUGGGGAGGAAGGCACUGCAGGGACUCACCUGUGCAGACUACCAGAGAGUGUAGCUGUGCUCAAGGUCACUGUGCAGCAAAUGAGCAAUACAUCAGACAACUUAAGGAGACAUUAGCUACAAGCGUCCCUCCUAGAAUUGCUGCUUUCUUUGCAGAACCUAUUCAGGGAGUCGGAGGAGCUGUUCAGUACCCUAAAAACUACCUAAAGGAGGCUUUCAAACUUGUAAGAGAGAGAGGAGGGAUCUGCAUUGCUGAUGAGGUUCAAACUGGAUUUGGACGAACUGGAAGCCACUUCUGGGGUUUCCAAGGACAUGAUGUCAUCCCUGACAUGGUUACAAUGGCAAAGGGCAUUGGUAAUGGAUUCCCUAUGGCAGCUGUAGUUACGACACCAGAAAUUGCUAAUUCUUUUGCCACGGGAGUGCAUUUUAACACCUUUGGUGGAAAUCCGGUGGCCUGUGCAGUUGCUUCAGCCGUGCUUGAUACAAUCAUAGAGGACGGCACACAGAAGAACAGUCUUGAUGUGGGCACCUAUCUAAUGACAGAGCUGGCAAAACUUCGAGACAAGUAUGAAAUCAUUGGCGACGUCCGUGGAAAAGGGCUUCAGAUCGGUGUGGAAAUGGUCAAAGACAAGACCAGCAGAGAUCCACUGCCUCCUGAAGACAUCGCCGAGAUCUUUGAGGAUGUUAAAGAUAUGGGAGUCCUCAUAGGCAAAGGAGGAGUUUAUGGACAGAUCUUCCGCAUCAAACCCCCCAUGUGCAUCACAAAGGAAGACGCGGAUUUCUUCCUGGCGGUUUUUAACAAAUCCGUCUGCAACUACAUGGAGAAAAGAUGAAAGCUUGAUAAAAGCUCUGAUGACUCAGAGGCGAGCCCAGAACCACAAAAAUAUACUAAAAAACAGAAACAUUUUAAAAGCUACUGUUUAAUUGCAAGCUCUUAAUACACUAAUUGUUCUGUACUAAACAUCAAAAUAUAUUUUUCACUGUGACUAUAAUCUACAUUCUGCUUUCAUUGAAGUCUUUUGUUGAAUCUGUCAUACUAAAUGUCAAAAAAGAAAUUUAUAACAAAGAGUCUGGCUUUAAAUCGGAUUAGUUUACAAUUUUUUUAUCUUAACAUUUUUCAUUUCUAAUCAAUUCAAUUUCUUUAGAUAACACAAUGUAUCUUUGCAUUAUUAAUAAAUGAGAUUUUACUCAAAUAAUCUAAGAUUGGUGCAAAAAAUGUUAUUUUGGUUGUAUCAAGAAUACAAUUCAAAUAUUGCGGCAGCACAUCCUGUGCAGACAGUUUGUAAUUAGAUUGUCAAAAUCUAUUUAAUCUGAUAAAGCCAGAUUCUUGUGGAAAACUUGUUUUAGUGUCUGGUUACUUGCACUAGAGAUCUUUUGGAGCAUUUAAAACAUCACUUAAAAGAUAUGCAGUAUGUGCAUUAAGUCAAUAAGUUACAUUGGAGAAGGACAAAAUUAACAUUGUUAUUGUUAUUGUAAUUAUUGUAAAAUUCUUUCACAAAAUGGAGGGUGUAAAAAUGAUUCAAGGGCUGAAUAAUCCUUUUCACUUGUUUUUUUUUUUUUUUUAUUUAAAUUUUUGUGUCAUGAUAACCCUUUGAAAAGUAAUACCUGUUCUGUGAUGUGUAUAUUAUUUUAAAAAAACUACAAAAAUCAAUUUUAAUUUCAGGGGCCGUAAGGUAAGAAAAAAAGGAAAAGAUACCCUUGAACAUGGAUAAUUAAAAAAAACCCACAGUGAAUAGCAUUUUCACAUUUGUCCACCUUUAAGUACAAUUUAGUUGGAAGCAGCAUUAUACUUAUGUUUUGAAGUGUUUAUCAGUCCUGAAUGUCUGUCUUUUUAAAAAUAAUGAUGCAAACAGAAUGAUAAAAUCUUUCUUCAGAAAAGACAAAUUCAUAGCCACUAGUUCAAGGUAAUGAAACAAGUGUCACAUGACACUUUAACAAAGGACGAUAAUAAUAUUUCUGAUCAUACACCAGGAACAAUCUGAACUGGAUUGAAAGAUGUGAGAAAUUGGCAUUUAAUAUAUGUAUAUGUACACAUCAUAUAUACAGCAAUAUUCAUACAUUUACCCAUGUGAUGCACUUGUGUACAAACUGAUUGGUGAGACAAGUGAUGGUGACAGUCUGAAUCCUGAAGCUACUGAUGAGUGUCAGACAGUUGAAGGAGAACAGCUGAAUUUGCUGAUGACAAAUUUUGAAUUGGCCUUAGAUUUUGUAAUUAUGCAUUACUUAAUGUGAGUCUAUGUAAAAUCUGAAUUAAACUUGAUUUUUUUGUUACACCUCA